CUUAAUCCAUCAAUCUGUCCAAACAACACAAAAUGUAUGAAUUCAGUUGGUGACUAUGAUUGCACCUGUAAACCUGGCUUCGUGGCACCGUCCGAAACAGCAGACCUCAAGCGAACAAAUUGUGUUGAAAUGUGCAAUCAGAAAACAUGUAAACAUGGGCGAUGCCAAGCUGAAGAUGGAGUUUAUCGUUGCAAAUGUGAAAAAGGCUAUAUUGGAUUUAAUUGUGAAAUACAAGAGGUUGAUAUGGCUGGUGCUACGGCUAUGCGAACUGCUCUCAUAAUUAUAUCAAUCAUUGGCAUUCUCUCGAUUUUGUUUUCAGUUUUAAUGGUUCAUAAAUACCGAGUACUGAGGAAGAGAUCUCAUAUGACAAGUAACUUAAAUGAUGCCAGUUCAACAAUUGAAUUAGAAGGUUUCACAACCUUUGAGAGUUGAAGAUUGGACUGGUGGAAUCAAGAAAUUGCACAUUUCUUUCAUUUGCAUGAACAAAAAAAAACAUUUAAGAUAAAUAAUCUCGAUUUCAUAUUGAUUGUAUAUUAUUACUAUAUAUUCAUAUAAACUUCACAUCGUAACUUCAAAUGCUCAUCAUAAUAUUCAUAAGAAAACUUUAUACAUAACUACAGUUGCGUGUAAGUAAAUGAACAAAAAUUUUAUUUUAUAUUUUAGAUUUAAUUUUUGAUGCUAUUGGAAUAUUGGAAUUAAAUAUUAUAAGAGUAGGUUAAAAUUUAUGUGAAUAAAAACAAAAUUUUUUAUUAAUGUUUAAUUAUGUUAUCGAAAUUGUUGUACUGUUUCUUAGUAAAUGUGCUGUAUCGUUAUCGUUGCAUUUUAUAAUGUUUAAGUU